CAAGUCAGUAUAAAUCCGUAAAUCGUCCAGAGAGGACGUUUCAUCGAAAACAACAAUAUCCGUCGCAAACAACCACAAUGAUAACAAAUAAUAUUAUAUCGAGUAUUAUAAUACUGUUAUCAGUUGGAGAUAUUUAUUCUUAUCCACAAUGCAGAAUGCCAAACGGAUACACAGGGGAAUGUAAAUACUUGGACAAGUGUAAGCCAUUGAAAGAAGUCGGUGAAAAGAAAGUGAAGACAGACGAAGAAUUGCUUUACCUUCGUGAAUCAUCCUGUGGGACUACAAGUAAUUAUUUAUAUAAGGUUUGUUGUCCGCCGCAGUCGGAAUGGUCCAGGAAAUUGGAUCUCAAACCUAUAUCAUUCCCAGAAAUCAUUAAUUAUUUAGCUGAGCCGGGAAGUAAUGGAACGUUUGAAAAGUCUAAUAAUAAUACAAAAACUACAACAGUGCUUCGAGACGGCAGCAAUAAAGAAACGGAAGAAUGUGGUGUAGAAGUAUCUGGAGCUAAGCAGGAUAGAGAUUACGGCAUGGCAGACAUAGAUGAGUAUCCUUGGCUGGCACUCCUGCAGUAUCGUUUUGGACGCAUCAUGUGUGGAGGAAGCCUUAUCUCUCCCAGCUUUAUACUGACAGCUGCUCAUUGUAUCGAGACUACGCAUGGAAGACCUGCUUUCGCUCGUCUCGCCGAAUACAACAUGACCUCAUACCCCAUAGACUACGUAGAGGUGGAUGGUGGAGCCGUAGAAAGCAUCACCGUCUCUGCGAUAGCUAUAAAGUGGAGCGAGAAGCAUCCAAUGUUCGAUAAGAACACGUACCAGCACGACAUAGGUUUGGUGAAGCUCGCUGAAGCCGCAAAAAUUUCAGAUUUCAUCCGACCAAUUUGUCUACCCCGAUACAACUUUGCGGAUCAAUUCGACACCAACACAAACUUCAUAACCGCCGGUUGGGGGGUACACAGUUCUAUUAACAACGAUAUUAAGAUGGAGGCCAAAUUACCUUAUAUGCCGAUACCCACAUGCAAACGGACUAUAUCUACAACCUCACUGACAAACAAACAAUUAUGUGCAGGAGGUAAGAACGCGAUAUCCGACUGCGUAACCGACUCCGGUGGACCAUUGAUGUUUGUAUCAGAAAAUUACUACAUAGUAGUCGGUGUUGCCAGUUACGGACCUGCUAAUUGCAGCAACAUCCGUGAACCAACUGUUCACACUAAUGUCUACGAAUAUCUAGAUUGGAUUGACAGCAUGAUGGUUUAGGUUUUAACGACUGCAGAGACCACAUUAACAACAUGGAGUUUAACAUUCCAACGUUCUACAUUUUUUGGGCAUGAAAUCGAAUUCACCAGGCGAGUUGGUCAAACGUCGGACAAACUGUCGGUUUCCAGAUACUUUUUUUUUAUAUUACAAAGUGGCAAUCGAGCAAGCGGCCACGUGAAUUUGCCGAAAUG